AUGGUCCUGAUGGUCCCUUCUAUGAAGGAUGAACUCCAAGAGUGGUACCCUUCCAUUGUUCAACAAUCUCUUGUGAAGUAUAUGUUUUUGCCCAUUGUGGAUGAAUCAAGUCUUGAGACCAUGCUUGAGGUUCUAAGCUAUCAUUCUUCUAUCAACAGUGUGGAGUUGUAUUUAGAGGUCAAACCGGUCUCUCAUCGUUCGACAUCAUUAGCAAAUCACGAGACCCGUAAGCGUUCUCGGCAAAAUGAUGCUAAUAUUGAUGCGAACCCUCGUGAGAGUAACAAUAAUGGGUGGCUUGAAGAGGAGGAUAGUACGGAUGAUAAAAAUGAGGCUGCACAGAGAGGUUCAAAGAUGAAAAAUCCAGAUCCAUCGAAAGGCCUCAGCAAUAGUGUCUCAAAGCAGUUGUUUUUCUCUAGUUCAUGGCUUAGUGAAGGUGAGUUGUAUGUUGGGAUGCUUUUUAGAGAUCAAGAGGAGCUAGAGAAAGCAGUAAAGCUCUACUCUGGCAGAAGGCAGCGAAACUACGAUGUUGACGAUUAUCUCACUCUUGGAGGUAACAUUGAGUUCAGGUGCAAAUACGGGAGCUCCCAAGCUCUAAUAAAGUCUCAGCCUUCACUCUCACUCUCGGAGUUGAUCAAGUGGGUGAAAAAAGAGUUUGGCUACACAGUCUCUGGUGAUAAUAUGUGGGACGCUAAAACGAAAGCCAUCACUGCAAUCUUGGGAGAUUUGGACAAGAGUUUUAGUGUACUGCCCAAGUUCAUGGCUGUCCUUUCCUCAUCUAAUAAGAUGGUAAUGGAUUGGCAGUAUGAUCCUUUUCCCGAUCCUAAAGAAGCAUCUUUUCGUUCUGUGUUUUGGGCGUUCCAGCAGUCAAUCAAAGGGUUUCUUCACUGUGCGCCGGUGAUCAUGGUGGAUACAGUAGACUUGAGCAGUAAGUAUGGUGGGAAACUGUUGAUUGCCGCAUGUGUUGAUGCUGAAUUUCAGAUCUUUCCACUUGCGUUUGCCAUUAUUACCAACAAGAGUUUUCCUGCUGAUUCUUGGUGA